CAACUCAUUAUAUAAACAAACCAAACCAGCCCAAUUCUUUCACGGCCUCCACAAAUACACAUUUAUUUGAUUAGAUUAGAUUCAAUAAACUUGAGUUAUGGUUGGAGUUGAAGAGAAAAAUACCUAGCUUAAUCAAAUAAAUCUCCUCGAAAUUAAAUAAAAUAAUUCAUGGCUAGUAAAAAUAAUAGCAACAUUUUGUCAAUGGGUUCCUUAUUAUUCUUCUUCUACAUCAUCUUUAAUCUCUUCCACUACUCCUCCUCGGAAGCUCAUACUACGGCUCCAGCCAUGUAUGUGUUUGGUGACUCCUUAGUCGAUGUGGGUAACAACAAUCACUUAGCCUUGUCUCUUGCUAAGGCUAACUUUCCUCAUAACGGCGUUGAUUUUCCAGGCAAAAAAGCUACCGGAAGAUUCUGUAAUGGCCGGAAUGCUGCAGAUUUUCUAGCUGAGAAAGUGGGAUUGCCAACUUCGCCACCAUAUCUGUCUCUGAAAUCCAAAAAGAACACGACUUUGUUGAUAAACGGAACUAGUUUUGCCUCCGGUGGAGCAGGAAUUUUUAAUGGCACAGACGAAGUUUAUCGGCAAUCAAUACCUUUAACGAAGCAAGUCCAGUACUAUUCGAUUGUACAUGACAAACUGGUGCAGCAACUAGGACCCACAAGCGCUGAGCAACAUCUCUCAAAAUCUUUAUUCAGUAUUGUCAUUGGAAGUAACGACCUCUUUGGAUACUUUGGCUCCUCCAAGCUUCGUAAUCGAACCACCCCACAAGAGUAUGUGGAAGAAAUGAUUGUUACAAUUAAAGAACAACUCAAGAAAUUACACAGUUAUGGUGCUCGGAAAUUUGUGGUGAUUGGUGUAGGGCCAAUUGGGUGCUGCCCGGCACAAAGGAGGAAAAGCUCUUCUGGAGACUGCUUCCAAGAAAUGAAUGAUUGGGCUAUCAAGUAUAACGAUGGUCUAAAGUCAACGUUGGGAGAGCUGAAAUCAGUGUUGAACAACAUCAGCUACUCCUACUUUGAGACUUAUGAUGUCUUAAACAACCUUGUUCAACAACCAGCAUCCUAUGGAUUUACAGAAGUUAAAUCUGCUUGCUGUGGUCUUGGGAAAUUCAGGUCCGAAGCACCUUGCCUGCCAAUAUCAAAAUAUUGCUCCAACAGAAGAGAUCAUGUCUUUUGGGAUCUAUACCAUCCAACAGAAGCGACACAUAGCAUCUUAUCAGAUUAUAUCUUUGAUGGUCCGCCAAAAUAUAUAUUUCCACUGAGCGUCAAGCAGUUAGUUGCUCUUUAGACUCGUAACACCAGACCAAUACAGGAAAGCACCAUAAUAUAGUGUUACCUCGGUUAGCUAGCUAAUAUUAUUUAUUGAUAUAAAACAAGGAAGAUUAGGAUUUACAGCUACAAUUCAUCUUAUCUCUGUGUUUUUUAUAUCGAAACACAACCAAGCUUAAUUUCACACUCACUCAAGAGGAAGCCAGCUUUUUGUAGCCUAGCUAGUAUAAAAAUAGGUAAACAGAAAAGCAUUUGUAGCCAUAUUUAACGUCAAAUGAAAUCAUGGGUCUACAUGAUUUUUCUCUAAAUAAAAGGAUUUUCAUUUUAA